AUGCAACCUCCACUGCAUAGGCAGUCGUUGUACUAUCCAGUACCCAUCCACAUUCCAUUACCUCUAGGUUCUGGCAGUAACGGACCAGACAACACGGAUAAGAAGACCCAUGUCCAAGCCCAACAUAAGAGUCGAGCGAGUCACUGGACUGAAGAGGAUUUGGAGGAGCAGAGGGGGUUGGUACCUGGGACUGGGAGAGGGAAUGGGAUUGGAACUGGGAGAGGGAAUGGGAUUGGAACUGGGAGUGGGGGUGGGACUGGAACUGGGAGUGGGGGUGGGACUGGAACUGGGAGUGGGAGUGGGAGUGGGACUGGGACUGGGACGGAGGAGAUUGAGGAGGGGGAGGAGAGGAAGGAGGAGAAGGAGGGGAAGGAGGAAAUUGAGGAGAUUGAGGAGAUUGAGGAGAUUGAGGAGAUUGAGGAGAUUGAGGAGAUUGAGGAGAGGAAGGAGGAUGAUAUGAAGGGAGAGGAGAGGAAGGAGGGGAAAGAGAGUAAUAGAAGAAGGUAA